AUGAAAAUAAUGCACAACCAUAACCAACUAAGGCUCAGAGGAGUCAAAGCCGAAGCUCUUAAUUUGUUUUUCAUGUUAUAUCAUCGAAAAUUCAUCCAAAAUAUACCCACCAAUAGUAAUUUUUUCUCUUUAACUUAUCUUCCGAAUUUCCAUUUUUUAUCUCAUUUUCAAAAAUCGUUUCCAUCAUUUGUUGUGUUUCCUGACAAAAAGACUCUUGCUCCAAAUAACAAUUUACCAACCUCACUGUUCAAAUCAAAUCCUCCUUGGGGGAAGAGUUUAGAUCCUUUUAAAUAUGCAGUAUGGAGAAAAUAUACGAAAAAUUUAUUUUUAAGAUCUUUUACAAAUACUUUUAUUUCCUACUAUAAAGAUUUGAAGCAAUCUGGUGAUACUAAUCAUAAUCAUAAUCAUAAUCAUAAUCAUAAUCAUAACCAUAACCAUAACCAUAAAAACAGUAAUGGAAAUAAUGAUAAUACCUCAAUUGACCAGUUAAUUAAUAAUAACUUAUCAAAAUCCGGUGAUCAAUCGUAUUUACAGAUUUAUAAAGAAAUGAUUGAUUCAGAUAACUUUGGCUAUUAUAAAAAAAUGAACGGAAUAUAUUUAUUUAAAAUCAUUCACAUUCCAAAUUCUCAAUCGGAAAUUGAGCAAUUAGAUAUAGAAAUUAAAUCAUGUUUGAAAACAAUUUAUUCGGCAAGUAUAGUGAAGCAAAGUCGUAAUGGUUUUGAUUAUUCCUGGGUUUUUAAAUCAAACCAAUUUUUGGAUUAUAAAAUGAUAAAAAAGCUUAUAGACAAUAAGGAUGAAAAAGACUUUUUAGAACGAUUAGCUAAAAAGCCUUCUGAUUUUUAUGUAAAUUAA